GCUAUUCAUUCGCACUUCACAAGAGUAGUGUUCUUUUUGUUUCUAAUAAAACAGUGGAAUUUAAAUAUCUAAAAUGGCGGAUACUGCCGUUGAAAGUCCAGUUGUAGCCGAGGAAAAUGAUAGUGCUAAAACAGAGGAAGUUAAAUCUCCUGCAAAAAGGGCGAGCAAAGGAAAAGCAGCAAAAACACCAAAAACAAAGGCUACCCCUAAGGGAAAGGCUGUGAGUGCUAACAAAAAACAGAAGAAAACUGUGUCAGACAUGCAUCCUAAAUACAGUCAAAUGAUUAACGAAUCUAUUGCGGCGUUAAAAGAAAGGAAUGGAUCAUCAAGACAGGCAAUCCUUAAAUAUAUAAUGGCUAAUUAUAGUGUGCUCCCAGAUGAAAAACUAGUGAACAAUCACAUUAAAAUGUCAAUCAGAGCUGGAAUUAAAAGCGGAAAACUGAAACAAAUCAAAGGAUCUGGUGCUUGUGGUUCAUACAAACUCGGUGACAAAGGCACUGAAAAGCCGUCCAAACCCAAAGCUGAAAAGGCGGCAUCUCCGACCAAGAAAGCCAGCUUAACAAAGGUGAAGAAGCCAAAGGCUUCUUCGAAAAAAUCAAAAGCACAGUCCAAAAAAGCAGUUAGUGGCAAAGCUAGUCCAAAGACUUCACCACAAAAAGCAAAAGCUUCUCCAAAGAAAACGACAAAGAAAACAAAAAGUCCAAAGAAAACAAAAGCGAAAAAAGCUGCAAAAUCGCCUAGGAAAUCCAAGAAAGCGGCUGCACCAGAAGAAAAGCAAGACACAGAGGAUGUCCCAGCUACAGAAGCAGAAACGAAUGAAAGUGACCAGUGAUCUCCUGAGCGGAAAACAUUUAGUCACAAGCUAUAACGAUGUAACACUUGGCGGUGUAAAAAUAGCUACAUGUUAUUUUAUUUUUGAAUGUUGUGUUGUCAAAAAUGAUUUCUAUUCGGUUUAUUAGCAGGUACAACUAUACAGGUUUCAUGAUAACAUUUCUAUGAUAAGGGACUAUAAUUUUGAGAACUUACGUUGGAAUAAAUUAUUUGGAGACAGAUGAAUGUGUUAAUGAUAUCUAAUUAUCAAUAUUAUCAUUCAUAGAUCUUUUUUCAGUUGACGUUUACAUUAAUCGAUUUUAAAGUAUUCCAUUUUUAUUUGAAUCAACUUACUUUCUUUAAUAUCAUUUCAUGUUCAUUACUUGUAUUAUGUGUAUAUUGUUUUCCAAAAUGUGUUCAAAAUUUUCCCAUUAUUGUUGAUAUUAUUUAGAAUAAAUGCGUAGCCACAUGCAAUGUAGAUAAAACAUGAAA